AUGGCGACUCUAAACACCAUCACUGCCCAUAGGCUUUUCCCACUCCCCAAAUCCAUUACAGAAUCAAAUAACUCAUAUACAGUUUGUAUCUCUACCUCCUCUUCCCAACUCUUCCUCAACAAAUCAAACCCAUCACUGAAUUCAACUUUCUCAAAGAAGAAGAGACUCAACUGGGUCAUCAACGCAGUUGCAGAGGAUCAAGACUUGGCUCCAGCACAGACAAGUGGUUCAAAAGUCCAUCAAGAUGAAGAUUUGCCUCGCUCAUCGCUUGAUGGGUCUGAAGAUUCUGAGGGUUUAUCAUCAUCAUCAGUUUCUUCUCAGGGAAAAGGAGAUAACUAUGAGUUUGAUAGGUUGAGGAGUAAAACAAUUAAUGCUACAAUUGUUCUAGCUGGUGGUACUCUUGCAAUCACUAGAUUGCUAACCAUUGAUCAUGAUUACUGGCAUGGGUGGACUCUAUACGAGGUAUUGAGGUAUGCGCCCGAGCACAAUUGGGUUGCCUACGAAGAAGCUCUGAAGACGAAUCCUGUUUUAGCCAAAAUGGCAAUAAGUGGAGCUGUCUACUCAAUUGGGGAUUGGAUUGCACAAUGCUACGAAGGAAAACCUCUUUUUGAGUUUGAUCUUACACGUAUGCUCAGAUCAGGCCUUGUUGGAUUUUCUCUCCACGGGUCCCUUUCUCAUUAUUAUUACCAGUUCUGUGAGGCUCUUUUCCCUUCCAAGGAUUGGUGGGUGGUCCCUGCUAAAGUUGUCGUUGACCAAACUGUGUGGGCGGCCAUAUGGAACAGCAUCUACUAUGUGGCUUUGGGAUUCUUGCGGCGGGAAUCACCGGCCAAUAUUUAUGGUGAAGUGAAAUCAACAUUUUGGCCGAUGUUGACUGCAGGGUGGAAGCUUUGGCCGUUUGCUCAUCUGAUAACCUAUGGUGUGAUUCCAGUGGAGCAAAGGCUUCUCUGGGUCGACUGUGUGGAGCUCAUUUGGGUUACCAUACUGUCCACUUACUCAAAUGAGAAGUCAGAAGCAAGAAUAACAGAGGCUACACAGGAAGCAAAUUCCAGGUCAUCGAACAAUGCAGAGGACUGAUGACCGGGAAACUGGAUUUGCUAAGACAAGAAUGACUCAAUCUUAUGCUGUCAGCCAAUGGUAAAUGAAAAUGGGAUUGAACCUAGACCAGAAGCUUGAUGCUGACACCAUGGGCCAAACUACUCAUAGUUCUGGGCUAGCCCCUGCUACAUUCUUUUAUCAUCAUACAUAUUCUUUAGUCUUCUGUUUCUUUGAACCCAAUAUUAUUGUCAUCAAUUCUGUAACAUGGUGUGCAUAUUUUUCUUCAUACCUAUGCUAUAUUUAUUCAAACCAUUGUUGAACUGAUGUGCAAUGUAAGUCUAGGGUUUCAAUAAGAACAGUGCUAUUGUCACA